AUGGCGUCCCCAGCCGUUCAUGUAGAGCUGCCCUCUGCUUCUCUCUUCCGCUUCCCACCACAUCUAAGCCCUCCUUUCUCUCCGCCACCACCAGCGGGCUCAACCUCGUUCGCCCCGCCUAUCAACAUUCCCGAUCACAUCUACCUAGCAGCCCUCGAUGCUCGCGUGCCAUUGACUAUCGCCGCGGUCUAUGCUGUCACCGCAAAGGCUUUAAAUGUCUACAACCGCUCUACUGGACGCCGGCCAUGGGCCAUCAGCAAGACACGCGCCUUCUUCGUCUUUGUCGUCCUCCACAACAUCUUCCUGGCCGUCUACUCGGCCUGGACCUUCUAUGGCAUGCUGAAUAUAUUGCGUCGCAGCUUUGUCAGCCCUUUUGCCAGCACAGUUGACAGCAGCACCGGCAGCAUCAGCAAUGGAGGCUGGGCCGGCACCGUCGAUGGCUACUGCCGUCUAAAUGGUGCACCUGGGCUUGGCAACGGUCUCUUUUUCAACGAGGCUGCUGGCCAGUGGCAGACUUCGUCCGCACUCGGUGAUUCUUUCUCUUCCCUGGACCGUUCGCAGCCUGGCCGCAUGUGGAACGAGGGCCUGUCCUUCUACGGCUGGAUCUUCUACCUCAGCAAGUUCUACGAGGUUCUCGAUACCUUUAUCAUUCUUGCCAAGGGCAAGUUUAGCUCGACUCUCCAGACCUACCACCACGCAGGAGCUAUGAUGUGCAUGUGGGCCGGCAUGCGCUACAUGAGUGCUCCCAUCUGGGUCUUUGCGUUUGUCAACUCGGGCAUCCAUGCCUUGAUGUAUACGUACUACACCAUCACCGCCUUCUCUAUCAGAGUUCCAACAUCGGUCAAGCGUGCCCUGACUACCCUGCAAAUCACCCAGUUUUUGCUUGGCGCCUCGUAUACGAUGAUGCACUCGUUCGUUUCCUACACCGUCCCCGUCGUCCUCAAGUCGGGGUCGCAGGCUGCUUCUGGCGGCGAUGGCGAGGUGUUCCGACCGAUCGACGCCAUGAACUCCUCAAUGGCAGAUGCCGCCAUCACUGUCCGGUACGGGCACAAGACGGUACCAUGCAUUCGCUCGACUGGAGAGACAUUUGCCAUCUGGCUCAACGUGCUCUACUUGGCGCCCCUGACCUACCUGUUUGGCAAGUUUUUCGUCACCUCCUACCUGCGACGCAGCAAUGCCGAGAACGCCCGUGCUGCUCGUCUCGGCAAGAAGGAAGGCCAGGCCCCGAGCAACAGCGUCCACAACUCGAACGCGACGAUCGCGACCACCAUUGCUACGACUGCUAGCGCUGCAGAGGCCCUUGUGCGCCGCCGCUUGAGCAAUGUGAGCAACCUGGCCGAGCAGGCUGGCUGGGACGCAGCCCGGGGUCUUGAGAAAGAGGUGUACGGCGAGUCGGGCGAGGCAAUUGAAGAGGACGAAGAGGACUCUCCGCGCCCAGACCUGCUUCAGGUGAAGCCAAGGAGCAGACGCGCAAACUAA